CCAGAGGACAAAAGUUCAUUUGCUGCAAAAUUUUCAGUUGAGUUAGCGAAGAACUUCGGAGUUUUCUGGCUUCCGAGCGAUGGUUUUCGUCAGGAAUUUCCUACUUCAACAACUAAAAGAAAGACCAAAUUUGAAGAACGUGAAAAAUCCGAGGAAUUAUCGGUUGAUCGCCGCGUUUGUAGUAUUUCUUGGAGCAUCUUUUGGACCGAUCUACAUUUACCCGCUGUAUAAUUCGAAAGCUUAUCAGGAAAUCCAAGAAAAAGGGAGAGCAGGAAUCAGCCAAGAAGAUAUCCAGCCUGGUGGUAUGAGAGUUUGGUCAGACCCAUUUGCACCAUUGCCAGAUAAAGACCAGAAGAAAGGAGAGUAAAUAAGAGGAGUGCCAGCACAGGAGCCUAAAUCAAGAAAUAACUGUUGCAAUAUACAAAAUUAUAUUGCAAAGUAGUCAAAAUAAACUUUUUAAUAGUCACUUCCCUUAUUCAAAGCUGUAUAUUACAGCUACCACUGUAUUUAUAAUAUUUCUAUUUUGAACUUUUAAGUUUUUCAUAAACCUUCAUUUUCUAGGGAUUGCAGCGUCAUCAUAUUCCUAUUUAUCAGUGAUCACUCGUAUCAUUGUUCUUUGGAAAGAGCUCAAUAAUCUUUAAGUUGUUAAAUUUAGCCUUUCUUUGAAGAUAUUCUCAUAAAAAUAAAAAAGUAGCAUCUAAAAUGGUGCCGAGUUUGAAACAGUCAGCCACCCAAGAUGGGUCGCCAAUUAAAGCUGCGUUCACUGAAAUUGUUUCUUUUGUGUUUAUAUUCAUAUUUUUAGUGUUUUCUUUGGUAACUGAAAACCCUAUUUUUUCUCUUGUGGAGAGCCCUCUUAUAGUGAUCAAUAUUUUUAUGGUCUUAAAUAGUUUAUUACAAAUCACCCUCUUUUUGGUGGUUUACCCCACUUUAAACCCCCAAAUUGGGAUGCGUGAUUACCCCAUGUCGAAGAAAAAAAACAGCUUCCAGCAAAUUUUAAAAUUUAUUGUAAAAUCGGCUAUUUUGUUUGCUGGUUUUUGGGCAGUUGCUCAUUUUUUUGCUGUAAUUUUUGGGGCCCCUCUGUUGGAAAAUGCUGAAAAAA